AGCUUUAAAAGGCUGGAUCACUCCCUCUCACUCAGAUGCGCUUCAACAGACUCACAACACACUUCCCCUCUCAGUUGUAACCAGCACAUGGAAAUGGAGGACCAGAUGGAAAGCCAGAAGAGAAGAGGAACCAGCAAAGACGAUUUAAUAUCCGAACAAACAGGGUCUUUGGGAUGCGUUGGUUGGUUCAUAGUCAUACUCUCUGGCAUGUUCACCCUUCUCCUCUUCCCCUUCACCAUCUGGUUUUGUCUGAAGAUUGUGCAAGAGUAUGAGCGCGCUGUCAUCUUUAGACUGGGACGCAUUACCGACAGGAAGGCCAAAGGACCAGGAAUUUUCUUUAUUUUGCCAUGCACCGACUCAAUUGUGAAAGUGGAUUUGCGAACAGUUUCAUUUGACAUCCCACCACAAGAGAUCCUGACCAAGGACUCGGUUACAGUUUCCGUGGACGGAGUGGUGUACUUCCGGGUCAGUGACCCCAUUGCCUCAGUGGCCAACGUGUCUAAUGCCGAUUCCUCCACCCGUCUGCUGGCUCAAACCACCCUGAGAAAUGUCCUGGGGACGAAGAACCUGGCUGAGCUCUUGUCCGACCGCGAGGGCAUCGCUCACAGCAUGCAGUUCAACCUGGAUGAAGCCACGGACAACUGGGGCAUCAAGGUCGAGCGUGUGGAGAUUAAAGAUGUGAAGCUGCCGCAACAGUUGCAGAGAGCCAUGGCCGCCGAAGCAGAAGCUACACGAGAGGCCAGAGCCAAGGUGAUUGCAGCAGAGGGUGAGAUGAAUGCAUCUCGCGCCCUGAAGGAGGCGUCCAUUGUGAUCUCAGAGUCUCCGUCGGGCUUGCAGCUGCGCUACCUGCAGACUCUCAGCACCAUCGCAGCGGAGAAGAACUCAACCAUCAUCUUCCCCUUGCCCAUGGAUAUCAUAUCUCACUUCAUGAAGAAGUGAUACCUCAGUUUGUUCGCCCGCUGAAGUCACUGUCAAAUCAAACUGGAAUCGGAUGGAGACCAGGGUAUAUUUCUGAAAUAAACUCUCAGGACGCGAGACGAUGCUAUUUCUUUAAAAGGAUCAUAGAAAUAAUUUUAUAGUUUACAUUUUAGCCUAGCCGGGGUCCAGGCCUGCUCUCAAUGUGAUGUAGAUUAGCAUACUUUCCCAUGUCACGUUUAUUAGGAAACUUGUAUCAUAUUUUGUUAGAACUAUAUAACAGUUUCUAUUUCAUAUCAUAUUAUGUAAUGCUCAGUUAUAUAUUUUCAUACUUAAUUAAAUAUAAAGUGUUUAAAAAUAUGUUAUCUCAAUAUAUGUAUGCAAAGUGAGUUUGUGUUUUCGUCACUGUUGUGGAUUGUGGUAACCAAACCACAAUCCACAACAUGUUGUUGAGACAAAAUAAACUUGAAUCCAUA